AUGGCAAGCACAUUGGAUUCUCUAAAGCAUCUUGGUUUAUUUAAAGCUCCUCAAGCUCUUUCUUCUGAAAGUCCUCAAGCUACUUCAUCUCCUAUAUCCUCGUCUCUUAAUGCUCCUACCCUUAAUCCUCCUAAGCUAGAUCUUCAUAAAGAUCUUGAUUUUUUGUCAAACUUUUUAAUAUGAAAACAAUUUUUUUUUCUUAAAUAUAUUUUUAUAUAGAAAAACUUAUAAUAAAAGGAAUUUUGAUAAAAAAUAUAAGCGUGACCCGUUUUUUUAGAUGAAGAUUUUUCAUUUUCUCCUGACAAUCCUCAUUCUAGAACCCCUGAACUUAUGUCAGAGCUUGAUGCAGGAGAAGUUCCGAUUAAACAGCCUAUAACGCCAAAAAUAAUAAUCCCAACCCAAAAUAAAACCCCUCAGCCUGAAAUGAGAAGAAAAAAUAAAUUGUCAACAACACCAAACGCGGAAGAAAUAUCUAACAAAUUAUACGAAAAAGGGAGAAAACUUAUAACAGAAAAGCAAGAAAAAUCUGAAAAAUUUUAUGAAGAAACCUACUCAUUUAAGCCACAGCUGGACCCAAAAUCAAUAUUGAUGGUAAAAUAUGCUGAAAAAGAAGGCCGAUCCUUAGUCACUCCAAAGAAAAAAGAAAAAGCCAACCCACAGCCAAAUCCAGAAGAAAAUAAGCAAGCAAAAACUCAAGGCAACUUCAAAGACUUUAUUAAAAGAAACUAUGAUAUCGCCUUAGAACAAACUAAAGAAAGGAAAAACCGAGUUGCUACCCCUCCAGACAACAAAGUCACUGAAGACUGUACUUUUCAGCCAAAAAUUGACGAUAAAUCCAAACAAAUGCCUAUGAGCCACAAAAAAAAUUUAUAUGACCUGGCUGAUCAACAGAAAAAAGACAGAGAAAAAAUGAUCGAGGAAUGGAAAAAUAAAAAGGAAGAAGAAGAGCUCAAACAGUGCACAUUUGCACCGACGAUUAUUAAAAAGACGAAUGUUUCGCCAGCAAAAGAAAGACAAAGUAUCCAGAAGAGUAAAACAGCGGUUAAUUCGUAUUCAGAAAAGAUGAAGCUGAAACAAGGGAAGACUGUGGAGGUUUUGCCAAAAAAUAAAAUUAAAAAUUAA